AGGAUGACAGAAAAAUCCAAUGGCGUGAAGAGCUCCCCAGCCAAUAACCACAAUCACCAUGCACCCCCUACUAUUAAGGCCAAUGGCAAAGAGGACCGCAGGACCAGCAGCAGGCCACCGUCUGCAGCCGAGGAUGACACUUCCUCAGAACUCCAGAGGCUGGCCGAGGUGGAUGGCCCUCAGCGGGGAAGGGGUGGCUUCCGCAGGAUUGCCCGCCUGGUGGGGGUCAUCCGCGAAUGGGCCAACAAGAAUUUCCGUGAGGAGGAACCAAGACCAGACUCCUUUCUCGAACGUUUCCGUGGGCCUGAGCUCCAGGCUGUAACAACACAACAAGGAGAUGGCAAAGGCGACAAGGACGGCGAGGGCAAGGCCACCAAGAAGAAAUUGGAAUUGUUUGUCUUGGACCCAGCUGGGGACUGGUACUACCGCUGGCUCUUUGUCAUUGCCAUGCCUGUCCUCUACAACUGGUGCCUCCUAGUGGCCAGAGCCUGUUUCAGUGACCUACAGAAAGGCUACUAUGUUGUGUGGCUGGUGCUGGACUACUUCUCAGACAUGGUCUAUAUCGCAGACCUCUUCAUCCGACUGCGCACAGGUUUCCUGGAGCAAGGACUGCUGGUCAAAGAUCCCAAGAAGUUGCGGGACAACUACAUUCACACAAUGCAGUUCAAGUUGGAUGUGGCCUCCAUCAUCCCCACGGACCUGGUCUAUUUUGCGGUGGGCAUCCACAGCCCUGAGCUGCGCUUUAACCGCCUCCUGCACUUUGCUCGCAUGUUUGAGUUCUUUGACCGCACGGAGACACGUACCAGCUAUCCCAAUAUCUUCCGCAUCAGCAACCUAGUCCUCUACAUUUUGGUCAUCAUCCACUGGAACGCCUGCAUUUAUUAUGCCAUCUCGAAGUCCAUUGGGUUUGGAGUUGAUACUUGGGUUUAUCCCAACAUCACUGACCCUGAGUAUGGCUACCUGGCUAGGGAAUACAUCUACUGCCUUUAUUGGUCCACACUGACCCUCACCACUAUUGGAGAGACCCCGCCCCCUGUAAAGGAUGAAGAAUACCUAUUUGUCAUCUUUGACUUCCUGAUCGGUGUCCUCAUCUUUGCUACCAUCGUGGGAAACGUGGGCUCCAUGAUCUCCAACAUGAACGCCACCCGAGCUGAGUUUCAAGCCAAGAUCGACGCGGUCAAACACUACAUGCAGUUCCGCAAGGUCAGCAAGGAGAUGGAAGCCAAAGUCAUCAGGUGGUUUGACUACCUGUGGACCAACAAGAAGAGCGUGGAUGAGCGAGAAGUUCUCAAGAACCUACCAGCCAAACUCAGGGCUGAGAUAGCUAUUAAUGUCCACCUGUCCACACUAAAGAAAGUGCGCAUUUUCCAGGAUUGUGAGGCUGGCCUUCUGGUGGAACUAGUGCUGAAGCUCCGCCCUCAAGUCUUUAGCCCUGGGGAUUACAUUUGCCGCAAGGGGGACAUUGGCAAGGAAAUGUAUAUCAUCAAGGAGGGCAAGUUAGCAGUGGUGGCUGAUGACGGUGUGACACAAUACGCCCUGCUGUCGGCUGGCAGCUGCUUUGGAGAGAUCAGCAUCCUCAACAUUAAGGGCAGCAAAAUGGGGAAUCGACGCACAGCCAAUAUCCGCAGCCUUGGCUACUCAGAUCUCUUCUGUUUGUCCAAAGAUGAUCUUAUGGAAGCUGUGACUGAGUAUCCUGAUGCCAAGAAAGUCUUGGAGGAGAGGGGUCGAGAGAUCCUGAUGAAGGAGGGGCUGCUGGAUGAGAAUGACGUGGCCGCUGGCAUGGAAGUAGAUGUGCAGGAAAAGUUAGAGCAGCUGGAGACCAACAUGGACACCUUGUACACCCGCUUCGGCCGCCUGCUGGCUGAGUACACGGGGGCCCAGCAAAAGCUCAAGCAGAGAAUCACGGUUCUGGAGACCAAGAUGAAGCAGCACAAUGAAGAUGAUUACCUGUCAGAUGGGAUCAACAGUCCAGAGCCAGAUGUUGGAGAGAAACCAUAA